UCACAGCAGUGAGGCAGGAAAAAUAGUACAGAAUUAAGUAUUUUCCUGAUUGUAAUGGUUUUAUCUAUAACUGCUGGCAGUGCAAUCCUAUACGUAUCUGUACAGAGAGAGGCCCCACCAAGUUCAUUUCAGCAGGGAUUGUUCUCAGGUAAUUGUGUAUUGUAUUGCGUUGCAGAGAGAUAGAGAGAACGAGAAUGUGAGAGGGUGUGCAAUUUUGAAGUUUAAAUUAUCUUCUUGGCCCGAAUGAUUGAGAAACAUGUUUCUUUUUCUCAGUUUCCCUCUAAUUAUUGAUAGCAAUUGUGUAAUGAUUCCUGAAAUGUUCAUGACAUUUAUGUUUGAAUGAGGCAGAUGCAAAAACAGCCAUUGGUUCAUUACUGAAUCAUCGGAAGAAAGCAAUUUAAUGACAUCUAACUGGCAAACCAAUUAAGCUUAACUUUAACAUUUUAAGCAGUAUUCUCUUUGCUGAUUAAGAUGGCGUCUUUUGAAAUUUCCCACCUGUUGGAUUCAAUAAAAAUUGCCUCCUAAAGUCAUUGAAGUUUGGAAAAGCUGCUUUCUUGCAAACGUGUUAAAUUAGCGAGCAGCUGGGAGUUCAUCCUAUGGUUGUGUAAGGCAUGAAAAGUUCACGCAGAUAAUUCUGUCAAUUGAAAUCAAUAAAGAGGAUGACAGAUUUAGACGCUAAAUUUUUGUAAAAACUAGACUUACUGCCUAAGUCAUCAGUAUAGCACUAUUGGAUUUUCUUGUGGCUAAUGCUAAAAAACAGGAUUAUUGAUUUCUGGAUUUUGAGCCUAUCGUCUCUCAGUUUCCCUAAGCGUUCUUUGUGAUGCUUCACACUUAAGUUGACAGUUCCAAUGGCAUAGCUGUAUCCUUGCCUUUGUAAUUAUUUCUAAUCAUACUGAAAGGGGAAUGGAAAUAGCAUUAUAAAAUAAUUAUUCCCCCUUUCCCGCCCCCCAAAGAAAAAAAAAGCACAACCAGGGGUCUGGCUGGGCGUUGCUUCUUUGCCUGGUAGCCAAUACUACCUGCCAUCUUCUCUUGGAAUUAACAUACAGUCACAGAUUAAGAUCCUUUGACUGUCGUGAAUCUGCUUCCCGUUAUAUUUGACUGGCAGGAAAGCUCUCAGUCCAUCCCUAACAUAAAUAGGGUAUUAGCCCAUCAGGUGCCGCUCUAAAGUUAAACAUACAAAUUUGUGGUUGACUUUCGUGGUCCUGUGCAUGCAUCCUUCCCUCUUCCAUGUGUAUGCAUCCUGUUGUGUAUAUGCAUGUGAGGGUGUGUUUGUGCAUAUGUAAAGUGUAGGCUGAGACAGGUUAACAAAAUGAACUAUUGCAUGCAAGAAAUCUAUGAAGCUCACCCAGCUGCCAGCAGCAACUGCUACAUGCAGUCCUCUGAUUAUUGCACUUAUAUCGAAGAUAGUCAGAGUUACAGCAGUUGUGAUGCACAGGUCCUGCAGAAUAAUAACAUAUAUAUGGAACAGGCCUGGGCGGUGAAUCAGCCUUAUACCUGUAGUUACCCUGGAAACGUUUUUAAAAGCGAGUACUCUGAUAUGGACAUGGCCCUGCAUCAGUACAGCCAACCUGAAUAUUUUGCUGAAGAAAAAACAUCGUACUCUCAGUCACCAUCGUACUCCCAGAAGAAAGGGUACAUACCCAGUUACUUAGACAAGGACGAGCUGUGUGUGGUUUGUGGUGACAAAGCCACUGGGUAUCACUAUCGUUGCAUCACUUGUGAAGGCUGCAAGGGUUUUUUCCGAAGAACAAUUCAGAAAAAUCUUCACCCGACUUACUCCUGUAAAUAUGAAGGAAAAUGUGUGAUAGACAAAGUCACAAGAAACCAGUGCCAGGAAUGUCGCUUCAAGAAAUGCAUCUAUGUUGGCAUGGCAACCGAUUUGGUGUUGGAUGACAGCAAGAGGCUAGCAAAAAGGAAAUUGAUAGAGGAAAACCGAGAGAAGAGACGUCGGGAAGAGCUGCAGAAAACAGUUGGGAUGAAACCUGAGCCAACAGAUGAAGAGUGGGAGCUUAUAAAAAUUGUUACUGAAGCACAUGUGGCCACCAAUGCACAAGGAAGCCACUGGAAACAGAAAAGGAAAUUUCUGCCAGAGGAUAUUGGACAAGCACCAAUAGUAAAUGCCCCAGAAGGCGGGAAAGUAGAUUUAGAAGCCUUCAGCCAGUUUACAAAAAUUAUCACACCAGCAAUCACGAGAGUGGUGGAUUUUGCCAAAAAGUUGCCUAUGUUCUGUGAGCUGCCAUGUGAAGACCAGAUAAUCCUUCUGAAAGGCUGUUGCAUGGAGAUCAUGUCCCUCAGAGCAGCAGUACGCUAUGACCCUGAAAGUGAGACUUUAACAUUGAAUGGGGAGAUUGCGGUGACAAGGGGCCAACUGAAAAAUGGGGGUCUUGGCGUAGUAUCAGAUGCCAUUUUCGACCUGGGCAUGUCACUAUCAUCAUUCAACCUCGAUGACACGGAAGUUGCCCUCCUUCAGGCUGUACUGCUGAUGUCUUCAGAUCGCCCAGGUCUCGUCAGCGUCGAACGAAUAGAAAAGUGUCAAGAAGGCUUCCUCCUGGCAUUUGAACACUACAUUAAUUACAGAAAGCACCACAUUGCACACUUUUGGCCAAAACUGCUGAUGAAAGUGACGGACCUACGAAUGAUCGGAGCCUGUCACGCUAGCCGCUUCCUGCACAUGAAGGUGGAAUGCCCAACAGAACUCUUUCCCCCUUUGUUCUUGGAAGUUUUUGAGGAUUAAAAAGACUGAAGAGGUUCUCAGAGUUCUUAUAGCACUACUGGGUGUCAUUUCAUUCCAUUGCCUAGUGUUUCUCCCCCACUCAUCCACCCACCUUACCCCAUGGUCCAUUCCCAUUUUUUGUUCCACCUUGUUUUUGGUUGGAGAAUUGUUUUUAAUAGGCACGAAUGAAUAUCUCCCUUCAAAGCGGGUACUUGUGACAGUUGCAUUUUUCUGUGUUUGUGUGUGUGUAUAUUUCAGUCCUUUUGAUGUGAAUCCUUGGAGAGUUUGAGAAUGAGAAUUUAAGUGAAUCAGUUUCAUUCACCAGCACUCAGGCAAUCACAAGCUCACGCUCAUUGCUGUUUGGAGAGAGAUGAUGAAAUAUGAUGACGUGUCAGGAAGGUGAAUAGAUAAUCAGAUACUAAUUUUUUUUUAAAAAAAAAACUGCCAUAUUUUAUACAGUAUUAAGUCAAUUUCAGGAAAUGAGAUAUCCUUGAUGAGGUAUUCAGAACAGUCUAAUAAGUGUUAGUCCUGCCCAGGUCCAGCUGAAAUCAAAAGGAUGUGCAGUGCAAUCCUAUACACAUCUGCACAGGAAUUAGCCAUAUUGAGUUCACUGGGACAUUUCCCCAGAAUUAUCUGUAUAGGAUUGCAGCCUUAGCCUUGCCUAACCUUCACUUGAUCAUACUGAUGGUUUCUAGACUUUCUUGGUCUUGCUCAAUGUCUGUUUAGCCGACGCCUUCCAUCAUUACCAUACUUGCAUCAUUACUUUGAGAAAAAUCAGAAACUUUUGCACCUUUCGAUCUUUUAAAAAUGUAAUAAGUCAACAUUACUCCAAAAUGUGGACAAAAUCUCUUAUUUGCUUCUGUUGUCCAUAUUUUAUCUAGGGCAUAAAUGUGUGGAAGGCAGGCCUGCAAGAAUACAAACUGACAGCCUGAUUCAACAUUGUACCAAGUCUCCUUAAACCAAUUUGACUUCAUGUUAGAACAUAGAGAAAGACGUCACAUUCAUCAUUCAGUGUGGUUUUUUUCUUGUUGUAACCUGAUGGCUUUGGCCUCAAUCCAUUCAUUUCUCAUUGGUGUAGAAAUCUGAUAGGCACAUAGACAUUUCCAUCCCAUACAGGCUUCGUGAAGCUCAUAUGGCUCCCAGGCCUUUGGCUUUGUGUGAUUUAAAGAUUAAAGGCAAGAUCUACUCUAAAAGUGCAAAACACGUAAAUGAAACCAGAAUAAAACAUAGGAGAAAAAGUAUGGCUGCCCCCAAAGGAAAACACUAUAGGCCACCAUUGUUUUUUCAGCAUUACUGCUUUAUUCACAUGUCACAUUCUCAUAAUCACUAUGCUGGCUUACCAUCCAUUUGUAGUGAUUUUUUAAAAAAAUUAUCAUGGAUGCAUCACUGAGAUGAUGAAAUUGUCAUCUGUAUUCUCCAUAGGCCAAGGUCUGAAGAUCAUGUAUAUUAGUCAGUUGGGUGGAGAUCUGGGCCAAUGGUCCAAUAUGACUCCAUCAUAGUGAUUAGAAAGCAAAAUUGUCCACAAAUGGUUAAAAUUGUACAGAUCCAGGUGCCCUGAAUUGUUUAUUUUCUCAUAAUGGUAAUUUUGAUCCACUGGGCAGGGAGAGAUUUGUUAUUGAGAAACUAAGUAGUAACAAGGUAUAAUUAAGCUGGAAUCAUAGCACCAGUGUGUUUGGAAGGCUUUAGGAGAGCUGUCGUUUCCUCUUUGUUACAAAUUGUCCCCAUGUUCAUGUUGUAUAUUAGAACAGACCUCCUUCUGAGCAGGUGGACCUCAGCUAAUGUUGCUUAUUUUCAAGGCAUGAGUUAUGAACCAUUUCUUCUAUGCAUUGACAUAUCAGUAACAACAAUCUUUUCUCUGCCACUGUACAGAUAUUCUUACGUUGACUAUAAGCCAAGAUUAUGAUCCAAGAAACUGGGGGUCCUUGCUACUAAAGAGCUUGGGGCUUUCGUUUCUUACUUAACAAUUCACAUGGCAAGUUUUUCCAUAAAAAAGAGUUCAGGAAGCAGGAUGUCCUGUCACAAUGAAGUCUGUUAUUUAAAGAAACAUUCCAGAAUAUAUUCCAGAAGUCUUGGGUACACCCAUGGACAUCUUUGGAAUCUAUUCCAGAGAGACAGCUAAAGGUACAUUAUCCAUCCAUAGAAACACCUGUAUUCAGGUAGACUGCCACUUUGGACCAGAUAAGAAUGAUAACGUCCUUUUUGCCCACAGCUAUCUAUUAGGAGGGGAAAUCUUCUAAAUCCUCAUAUGCCCAAUUAUCAUCCAGUCUGCCUUGCUAAUGUGCAAAUUCCUAUCUGUAGACUUUACCUAAGUACAUGGCUUUGUGUUUAUUCCUAUUGGGUUGGUUUCAGAUUUAGUCAUAUCUAGAGCCGACACAUUGAAAUCAGUGGGACUUGUUAUGAUUUAUUCAAGGAUUAAUUCUACACCUUCUUAAAUCUAGAUGAAUCAUAAUAAUCUCAAUGAUUUUGAUAUGCCUGAUUUGUGAACUAUAUAAGUAAAUGCCAAGUCAUGUCCAAAUAUGUCUUCAGACCUCAAACAUCUAGAGGGCCUCAGGUGCCCAUCCCUCAUCCAGAGGAAGGGUUGGACAAUGCUUGAAAUGCUUUCUGGAAAACUAGAGUUUGUAUGUUGACUUCAUUUAAAAAAAUUAAGCCCACACUUCAGAAAACUUUGUUGUAAAGCUCCUAUUUAUCGCAAAACAUAAGACUGCUUGUUGAAGCAGACAUCCAAACUGUGUGCAGCAAAGUAUCUUGUUGACCAAUGUCAAUGAGAUGACAGUUUUUGAUAUUUGAUAUAGAGCUUUAUAUAAUAAUAGGCCUAUAUUGGGUUUUUCAAAACUUCUUUGUGGGACACAUUUCCCCAAAAAAGUUGAAAUGUUUGAUGAAGCUAUGCAGGUUGAAAGUGGUAGGUCCAGAUAUCACUAUAUAAAUAGUCAAUUCUCAGAGACAAAAGUAUAGCCUCAAGGGAGAUAAUUGCAAGCUUUUGUGAUGCCCCCCCCCCCCCAAUAAGCCUCUGAUGGCAUAAAGAUAUGCAAGGUUUCAAAGAAGUUUUCACUAGUUGAAGUUUUAAAAAAUAUAAUUAGGUCAACUCAGGGAACUUUCUAAAAAUGAACAAAUGUAUACAUUAGAUCAACAAUCUACCCAAGCAUAAACAUCUGUGAGCCAUCUGCCUUUUUCAGUACUAAUGACAAAUAUAUAAAAAGUUUUAACUGACCCUCUUAGUAGCACUUCCAUUCUCCUACUUUUUAAUAAAUAGAUUUGAAAUGCUACAGUAUUAGCUUCAUAAAUUUGUUCAUUACAGAUCUUGUUGAAAUAGAUGUGGCAAAGGAAAAACUAGUACUCAGGGUAUGUCUAUAAAAACGAGCUGCUGAUAUUUCCUCAUGGAUGAUACAGAAUCCACACAGAGUGUGGAAAAAGUUCCUAUUUUGAUUACAACUUUCAAAAUUCCAAAAGGCCAUGUCAGCUGGGGAUUCUGGAAAUUGCAAUGCAACAACAAUAAGAAAAAUUACAAACCUCUUGAGUCCAUUUUUCAUCCUGUCAUUUUCUGCUCUCUUUAUCACUAUCCCUAUUUUGGGUCAUGAUCAUAUCUUAGCUUUCGUAAUAUUUUUAGAUGAUUAUGAUGAAUUUUGAACCUAUGUGCCCAAACUCCUUUUGACUAAAGUUAGCCUGUUUGUUCCUUUUUACAGAUAUUAAAUAGGGCUAACUGGCAAUAUCGUAACCCCAAAUAUAAAACAAUCUAAUGUCGAGAUUUCCCUUUUCCUCUUUUUGGGGGGCUUGGUGAACAUUCCAUUAAACAUUUUCGAAAAACGUGUAAUGCCCUUCUCUGAAUUCAGCAUUAAUUACUAUAGAUUUGGACUCAAGCUCUGGAAGGCAAGUGGAGUGUGCAGAAAAUGUAUAGUAGUUAAUAUGGGGAUAAUAAGGGACAAAUCUGGCAUGCAUUAGAGAUGUCAGGAGUGUUGAUCUGGGUUCACCCCCAGUAGUUUGCAAGCUUCAGUUCGGCUAUUUCUCUUGAAAGUUUUUCUGCCCACCCUAAACACCUUACUUAAAACUAAAUAAGUUACGGAAGACCUGCAAUUGUAUUUUUCAUCUUUUUAAAAUAUAUUUUUAAAGCAGCUGCAAUUGUGAAGGAAAUUCUACACUGUAGAAGGAAGGCUUAAAUUCUUGCAACCCAUUUUCCUGAUCUAUCUUGCUGCUCAUCUAUUUCCUCAGUAGGGAAAUAGUUUUUCUGACAGUAGCAUGAGGGGAGCCUGUUUGAAUCAGACUACAGGGAAAAUUUGUCAUCAAAACAACAUAAAUACUCCUUGUUAUUUUGAUGUUGAUCAAAUCUUCCUUUUUUCAUCUCAUGGCUGCAAUCCUAUAUGUUUUUAUUCCUUCAUAAAUGUUUAUAGGAAUGUAACCUAAAAAAAGAGGGGCCCCUGGAAAUGUCUCUUUAAUAUCUCAGUUAGUUUGGCCCAGAGCAUUUGCGACAAUUAUUGAGGCUUUUUUCAAAAUAAAGUAACACUCACAGUACAGACAACUGUACUUAUCACUGAAAGUAUGAAAUGUUUGGAGUCAGAUUACACAGCCCAACAAAAAUAAAUCUUUGUGUCUUGGUUUUUAGGACUAUUCCUGGGGUUAUUUGGGGUGCUGAUUCAGAAAAUUGUUUUGGAUAGACCACAUCAGCUCUAGUUUCUUAGAUAUAGUUAUCAUGAUUUUCUAUGGGCAAGGAGAUAGUUACUAAUAGAUGUUCAGUAUCCCAAAACCUAGAAUUGAUAGGAGAAACAGGUUCCAUUUUUGUAAUCAACAGGUCAAAUUUACCUAGAAACGGGUCUAACAUUUGAGGUGUCAGUGUUAUAAUACAAGUAGGGCUGCAUAGUUUUUUGUGCUGUUUCAUCCACAGCUAGGUAUCUGCUCGCAACCAACAAUUAUGGAAGAAUGUCCCCAAGUCCCAUGGAUUGUUCCCAUCUUAGACAAGAACAAGAAGCCAUUCCACAUACAAGAACAUUUUAUGACGCAGCAUUUUACAAUGAUAUAAUACGGUGGUAGGCACUUAAACUGUAUUAGUCCUUUGCUAUUCGGUAUCCUGAAAACUAAGUUACAAUUUAAACAAAAGUACAGUAGAGUCUCACUUAUCCAACAUAAACGGGCCGGCAGAACGUUGGAUAAGCAAAUAUGUUGGAUAAUAAGGAGGGAUUAAGGAGAAGCCUAUUAAACAUCAAAUGAGGUUAUGAUUUUACAAAUUAAGCACCAAAACAUCAUGUUAUACAACAAAUCUGGCAGAAAAAGUAGUUCAAUACACAGUAAUGCUACAUAGUAAUUACUGUAUUUACGAAUUUCGCACCAAAAUAUCAUGAUAUAUUGAAAACAUUGACUACAAAAAUGCGUUGGAUAAUCCAGAACGUUGGAUAAGCGAAUGUUGGAUAAGUGAGACUCUACUGUAUGAGGAGUAUAGUUGUUCAGCAAAGCAUGCUGUGUGACAUGAGCGCUCAUUGAAAUAGGUGAAUUUCUAUGAGUCAUCCAUCACAUCUCAAUAGCCAUUGUUCAUUUCUAGGAGGCUUGGAAAAUGGAAGGAUGUUCAGAUUUUAGUCACUCCGGUUUUAUAUUUGUAACCCCACUGACUUUCAAUGGUUUCACUGACCAUUUACACCAUAGGGAGAAAGAGAGCAAGCAGAACUGGGUCUUGGGCUUGAAUUGAAUCCUGCAGAUUUGUCUUGUUAUCACAACCAAGUUCCAAGUCCUAUUUAAGGGUGUUAUAUUAUCUGUAAGAUUUAUCAAAUCAUGGAUACUAUGUUUGAGUAGUGGAUUUCAGCAUAACUGCUCACCAUGGUGAGGCCUAUGUCCGGUAUUUAUUCUACAUGGAGUGGGUCUUUAUUACUCUCACAACAGACCUGAGUUUUUACUCCACAACAUUAGUUCAGCUUGUUUAUGGUGCUACAUGGCUCUCAAUCUUGCUUCCUGCUCUAGGUGUAGUAGCAGUGGAAUGUUCUAAAUACGAUUUUGCUGUUCCUUAUUUUCUACAAAACGGAUAUCUCAUCUUUCAAUGUUUCUUGCUCUAAACAACAGGUAUUUAAGCUGCACUGGUUUUAUGUCUCGACUGAGUUCAGUAAUUUCUUGACGAUGUAUUUUACAGUGAGAUAAUCCAUUUCUAAAAGCAUUCAACAACACUGUGCCAAAAUAUAAGUGUCGGAGUUAGACCUUGGACCUUUGUGGUGAUCUUUGUGCUAUAAAAUUGCUCCAGCUGCAGCACAGAAGGAAAGAAGCAAACAAAACAGGAUCACAAAGAAGGUGAUUGUUUUGCAGACCUGCCUAGUCAAUACUAUUGACCACAGGAAGAGCAUGUUGUUGCUAGUGACAAAUGUUAUGCCAUGGAACUCUUAACAUGUAGGUGUCAUAUUGACUUGCUGCAUAAACCAUAAGCAAAACCAACCAGUCAUGAUUUUCAGAUGUAGCCAGUGUUUGUAAGGCUAACCCUUUUUCCUUCGUCAGCAAUUAAGAGUCAAAAUCAAGGGAGAUCCAUAAGUUUAGCUUUCAUUGAAAGCCAGGGUUGUCCAUGUAAAAAGAAAUACGACUGACAGGGUCAGCAACAUCUGAGUUUAUUUCCCAGCUCUGCUAAGGACCUAUUGAGUGACUUUCGGCGAGUCACUAUAUCUCAGCCUUAUGUUCCAGAACAGUCCCUUGCCUCACCCAGUCGAGGACAAUGAGACAAACAUUGUAAACACUGUGUUUUCGUUCAUGAUAUCUUAAGAAAUAAGUGUUCUUUGCCUGCCUUUUUGCAACAUUGGAAACAGCAAGACAUACAGGCGAAGCUCUGGUUUGUCCUGUUGUGAUUUUAUGCAGAUAACUAGAUUUAUCAGAUAUUUCCUUUUGAUACUACUAUGAUAUGACCCUUAUAUAAAUUUUUAUAGAAACACGAUAUCCUAGAGUGGUAGAGGUUUAUUUUCCACGUAAAAGAUUCAAAACAAAGUGAGCACAUUUAUUUUGAAAUGAAACGAUACUGCUUUUUUAAUGAAACACACCAAAAAAAAAUCAAUUCACAGUGACAAAAAAAGGUUUAGCCUUUCUCACAAAGUUUUUACUGUGUUGUAUAAUUGUUAGCCAAUGCAAAGUCUGCAUUGCUUGUGUGUAUUGAUCCACAUUCAAUGAUGUCGCCUUCAAAAGCAAUAUUGUGCAGGUAUUAAGCUGUUUGUGACUGUCUAUUUGCACAGUUUACCUAACUUUAUAAAGCUAACCCUUAUUUAUGCACAAGACAAUCAAAUGUAAAUCUACAUCCCAGUGUAGAUGGAAUUGAUGUAAAUUACUGAGCACAAUGUAAAACAUUAAAAAGACACUUUAUUUAAUUUCACAACUGAACUAGUGUUAGAUAAGAACAUAUCAGGGCAUGAAUGAGUGACUCUUUCUUCCUUUUACUUUUUUGUUUGUUUCCUUAUGUCUCCAUCUCUAAACUCUUCAAAAUGAUUUCAUUUGUUUUUCCUGCCAUAAUACCCUAUUCUUUUCAAAACUAAGAAAAACAGAUUCUGCUGGGUUUUGGACUUGGCCUUUUCAUUAUUUGUAUUCAUGCCCUGAAACUAAAAUUGGAAAUUACAUGAUUUACAAAAUUACACAGGCUGAAGAUUCUGGGAUAGGAUUUUCAUUUUUUCCCCCUUUGAAACAGUGUUAUGUGAUAUGCUAGAUGGAUAAUAUUUUUCCAGCCUAAACUAUAUUAAAGUAUGUGAUCACAAAUGUUUUAAACUAUCUGAAGAGAAAAUUUGUAUAUUUGGGGGAAGAAUAUAAUUUUUACAUAGCUUUUGUAUGCAGAUAUUAAUAUGUAAUUAUGACUAUAGUGGGCAUAGAUUACUGUGUAAGCUUGAAUUCUAAAAAGAAACAUCUUAUAACUGAA